AUGCCAGAACCAUCAGAGAAUCCCCUUGGCUAUCGGGUGGAAAUUGCGAAACAUCCGAUCCCUCCAAACAAACUAAUUUGGCUCGACACCCAGUCUAUAACGCUUGAAUAUGUUAUCGGAGUCGAAUGUCUCAAUAGCAUCGCAGGUGUCGACCCUUUUACAGACAUGGUGGUAGUAGUGACGACAGAGACCUCACUGGAGGAAUUCGAUGAACUGGCGCCACCAACUACUCAUGAAACAUCAUUUCCCGUGUCAGGUGAAGAGGCGAUGGAAGACGGACUUAGGAGAAUCUCACUGUUGGCUCCGAUUAAAUAUACAACACCGGGGAUAGUCGAAACUUCGGUUGCCCUUUUUCGAAAAGUUAUAGAUGAAUCGGGUCGUUUGAGGUUGGAACGACCAAGGACCGUUCAGUUCAAGUGGUACACCCCACCCCUUUUGCCCCUUCCUUCAUAUGACGAUGCUUUAGUAACUUCAGUCACCAGUCCUCGUUUCUUCCGCCGAAUUGUCUUCUUUCCGAAACUCCACUCAAUUCGGGAUUUAUCCGACUCCAACUUCUUCAUACUUUAUCACCAACCCUGUGUGUCAACUAACGCAGGCGUGCAGGUACGCGAGCAGCGGGAUGCGUCAGUUGACAUUCGUCCAUUUAUAGAUUUUGUUCCAUCGCUUAUAUCUAGUUUCUAUUCUUCGUUCUUCUCAUUCAAACGAACGAAGACAUCUAAAUAA